AGAGGAAGCGGUGAUGGGCGAUCCUGCGCUGCUGCUGGCCUCUCUGCACCCGCUUAUCUCUUAACUUCACGCAUCUGGUGGGUCAGCUGCCGCCCAGAGCAGAGAUGCUGCCGUCCUCUCUACAUGCUCCAGAAGGGCUUCAGGAAUAGCUGUGUCGACGGUGAGAUGCUGGGAUUUCACACUGCUGGCUGUGUCCCACAGAUUUAUGCCAGGUCACAUCGUUUUGGGGACUUUGCAGUGAAUUUAGUUCAGACCCAGAUUUAUGGACAGAAUAAAAGGAAGGUGAGAAUUUACCCCCAGCAGUGCUCUUCUGAGGUCUGCGCAGCUCAUGUGUUGACUGCAGCAGCACUGAUCCCUGUGUGUGUGCCGCACAGCGCACUCUUUCACCAACACCUUGUGUUAAAUAAGAAACCUUAUUAGUGGCAGCACUAAUUGUCCUCCAAGGGAUGUGUGGAAGCUCCUGAAGAUCAAAAAGCAGGUGGGAGCAGAGAACCAGAGAAACUCCUGACAGACAAUAUUGUGUUUCUUCAGAGCUCCAGGUAUUUUUGAAGCCCCCUGUGGCUCUGGCACACGGGUCCCUGAGAUGUCCCUGAGAGCUGACAGCCAUGCAGCUACGUCGUCGCUGAAGAAGAUUGCUGCAGACAUGAGCAACAUCAUCGAGAGCCUGGACACCAGGGAGCUCCACUUCGAGGGGGAGGAGGUCGACUCGGAGGUGCUAAAUGACCCAAAAGGCGCUGUGUCCAUUCCCUUCUCUGCCAUCUAUCACACCCGGGGCUUCAAAGAGCCGGGCACGCAGGCGUACCUCACGGGAUGUCCUGUUCGAGUGCGUGUGUUGGAAGUGGAACGCUUUACUUCCACGAAGAAGGUACCAAGCCCCAACGUUUACACCAUCGAGCUGACCCAUGGAGAGUUCACAUGGCAGGUGAAAAGGAAGUUCAAGCACUUCCAGGAGUUUCACAGGGAGCUGCUGAGGUACAAAGCCUUCGUGCGCAUCCCUAUCCCCACCAGGAGUCACACAGUGAGAAGACAAUCCAUCAAAAGGGGAGAACCAAGGCAGAUGCCGAGCCUGCCACACACGGCGGAGAGCACGGUGCGGGAGGAACACUUCUCAAGCAGGAGGAAACAACUGGAAGACUACUUGACAAAGAUCCUUAAAAUGCCAAUGUACAGGAACUACCAUGGAACAAUGGAGUUCAUUGGAGUAAGCCAGCUGUCAUUCAUCCAUGACCUGGGACCAAAGGGCAUAGAAGGGUUGAUCAUGAAGCGCUCUGGGGGCCACCGCAUCCCUGGCCUGAACUGCUGUGGCCAAGGAAGGAUGUGCUACCGAUGGUCCAAGAGGUGGCUGGUGGUGAAGGACUCUUUCCUGCUCUACAUGAAGCCAGACUCAGGGGCCAUCGCCUUUGUCCUGCUGGUAGAUAAGGAAUUCAACAUUAAAAUAGGCCAGAAAGAAACAGAAACUAAAUACGGGUUGCAGAUCGACAAUCUCUCUAGGUCGCUGAUUUUGAAGUGUAACAGCUACAGACAUGCCCAGUGGUGGAGACAGGGCAUCGACGAGUUCGUUCAGAAGCACGGCAAGGCCUUCCUCAAGGAGCAUCGCUUCGGCUCCUACGCAGCUGUGCAGGAGAACACGCUGGCCAAGUGGUAUGUCAAUGCUAAGUGGUACUUUGAAGACGUCGCAAAUGCCAUGGAAGCUGCGAAGGAGGAAAUUUUCAUCACAGAUUGGUGGCUGAGCCCAGAAAUCUUCAUGAAACGACCUGUUGUGGAAGGAAACCGCUGGCGGCUGGACUGCAUCCUCAAGCGGAAAGCACAACAAGGAGUGAGGAUUUUUGUUAUGCUGUACAAAGAAGUGGAGCUUGCCCUAGGGAUCAACAGUGAAUACAGCAAGCGGACGCUCAUGCGCCUCCAUCCAAACAUUAAGGUGAUGAGACACCCAGACCAUGUGUCCUCCUCUGUGUACCUCUGGGCCCACCACGAGAAGCUUGUCAUCAUUGACCAGUCUGUGGCGUUUGUGGGUGGCAUUGACCUGGCAUAUGGCAGGUGGGACGAUGAUGAGCAUCGCCUGACGGACGUGGGCAGCGUGAAACGAAUGACGGCGGUGAAGUCGGUGUCAUCGACCAACCUGGCGUCUGCAGCGGAGCCGUCUGAACGUGUCCCCCUGCAAUCUCAAGCUCCGUCCCCAGAAAACCACUUGCUCCAGAGAAAUGCUGAUGAUGCCCCAGACACAUCAAAAAUGAAAGGAAUAGGCAAACCCAAAAAGUUUUCAAGUUUCAGUAUUUACAAGCAUCUCCAUAAGCAUGGCAUACACCAUGCUGACAGCGUCAGCAGCAUAGACAGUGAAUCAAGUUACUGUAACCCCACUAGAAGUCAACCGAAUAUAAUCCAGAGCUUAAAGCCCCAUCUGAAAAUGUUCCAUCACCACACUGAAUCCAAACAGGGGCUCGCUGAGCCUCGGGAGGAUAAAGGAUCCAUCCGCAGCAUGAAAACGGGUGUUGGUGAGCUGCUUGGGGAAACCAGGUUCUGGCACGGAAAAGACUAUUGCAACUUUGUCUUUAAAGACUGGGUUCAACUUGACAAGCCUUUUGCUGACUUCAUCGACAGAUACACCACCCCGAGGAUGCCCUGGCACGACAUCGCCUCCGUGGUGCAUGGCAAAGCAGCACGAGAUGUCGCCCGACACUUCAUCCAGCGCUGGAACUUCACCAAGAUUAUGAAGCCCAAAUACCGAUCCCUGUCCUACCCGUUCCUGUUGCCAAAAUCUCAGCAAACGGCUAAUGAGUUGAAGUAUCAGGUGCCAGAGGCUGUUCAUGCCACAGUUCAGGUGAUCCGUUCUGCUGCUGACUGGUCAGCUGGCAUUAAAUACCAUGAGGAGUCCAUCCACAACGCCUACAUCAGCGUGAUAGAAAACAGCAAGCACUACAUAUACAUUGAAAACCAGUUUUUUAUUAGCUGUGCUGAUGACAAAGUUGUCUGGAACAAGAUCGGCGAUGCAAUUGCUCAGAGGAUUCUUAAAGCUCACAGGGAAAACAAACGUUUCCGAGUCUAUGUGGUGAUCCCGCUGCUGCCUGGGUUUGAAGGAGACAUCUCAACCGGCGGGGGGAACGCACUGCAGGCCAUUAUGCACUUCAACUACAGGACCAUGUGCCGAGGAGAAAACUCAAUCCUGGGCCAGCUGAAGGCAGAGGUUGGAGAUAAGUGGAUAAACUACAUAUCAUUCUGUGGACUUCGAACAUACGCAGAGUUGGAAGGAAAACUAGUCACAGAGCUCAUCUAUGUUCACAGCAAACUGCUUAUUGCUGAUGACAACACAGUUAUAAUUGGCUCUGCCAACAUCAAUGACCGCAGCAUGCUGGGCAAGCGGGACAGCGAGAUCGCCAUCAUCGUGCAGGACACUGAGACCGUCCCCUCGGUGAUGGAUGGAGAGGAUUACAGCGCUGGGAAGUUUGCCCAGUCCCUCCGGCUGCGCUGCUUCAGGGUUGUCCUUGGCGGCUCAGAUCUCAGUCCAGAACAUCAGGAUCCCGUCUGUGACAAAUUCUUCAAGGAAGUGUGGAUUUCUACCGCGGCUCGCAAUGCCACCAUCUUUGAUAAGGUUUUUCGAUGCCUUCCCAGUGACCAGGUGAAUAAUUUAACCCAACUGCGUGAUUUCAUCAACAAGCCCAAAUUAGCGAAUGAUGAUCCUGUGAAAGCAGCAGAAGAACUAAAAAAGAUUCGUGGGUUUUUAGUACAAUUCCCUUUUCGUUUUCUGGAGGAAGAGUAUUUGCUUCCCUCCGUUGGAACAAAAGAGUCCAUGGUACCCAUGGAGGUUUGGACUUAAAAAGAUGCAGACUGCUUCAUGUUUUUAAAGUCUGGUUCUCUAGAGACAAGUUGAUGAACAAUAUGGGAUUUCAGAAAGCUUUUUAUGGUUAAAGGAGGUGAAAAAGAUCUUCACCAAGCUAAUGUGCCUUUCUUAAGGAUUUUGGUGGAACUUGAAGCAAAUCAACACUAGCAAAGGAGAGGGGCAGAAAGACUUGGAAGUCAUGGAAAAAGAGAAGUUCAGCCUCUGAAGGAGUUACUUCUUAAGACACGUUCUGAGCACCUAAAGGAUCCAGGCCACUUCUAGGAUAGGAAACAGAAGUUGUUGCUGCUGCCAGCUGUGUUCUGUGGUUGCAUCCCUACCAUGGUCGUGCUGGGGCUGCGCAGGAGUCAUGGGCUGCGUGUGCUCCUGAGGUUUUUGGGCAUCCAUACCCUGGAUGGCUGGAUUCCCAUAUCUCACCCCUUCGUCCGCCUUCAGAGCACGUUGGGAAGUGCUGCUGAGUGCUGCCAGGGGCUGUCCUGCAGUUUGCCCAUGUAGGUCUUGCACGUCUCAAAUGGAAACAGACCAACAAUCUUGUAUCAGAAUCAGCAUUUCAGUCUCUUCUCCCCUCUUGGUGGGGGGGUGGGGAAAACCUUGUUUCUACUACCGCUAGAGCAAUCAUUAGUGCUGAUGCACAGCAUGGUGCUCCCUGGGUCUUGGCAAAGGGCAGCCUCGGUGGAGCUGGAGGUGUUAGAGAUCACAGGAGUUUGCUGGUCUUUGCAGAAACGCAGCACACCGGUUUGUUCAAACUGUGCAUAAGGGCUUUCUCCGAGACGAUCAAGAUUUAAACUCAAGCCUUGGAUCUCUGGAGCUGAAGAAAAGCGAGGCACUGCCUGUAAUGGGACAGAAACUCGAAAGCCAGUAUGGGCUGGACUAAGCUCUGUGCUCUGGGUCCUCCAUUCUGGUAUCUGGACUGCAGUACAUAGGUGGACUUUUCUUUCCAUUCCCUUUCUCUCUAUUUAAAAGAAGGAAAAGGCCAUUUAGCCAGAGCUAAAGCUGUGCUCAGAAUGAGCUGAGAUGUCACUUUGUAGAUGGGGUAAAUGCAAAGGGGAAGGUGAGCAGUUAGCAAAGCCUUGUCUUUAGUCUGCUUUGCUAUUAGACCAGCCACAAUCUUCAACUCAGUCAUGCAGGACGUGUCUUCCCAAGCAAGGUAAAACUCAGCAUGCCCUUUACUGUUUUCUGUUUCUGUGAGACACUUUCCAAAGCUAUUUUGCAUCUCACUGUGCAGUGAAGCAGCUUUGAUUCUGCAUCCCUGGGCAAAACACUACUGCUCCUGGGAUGGGGACCUUGUGUGGUGGGUGAUGUCCUGGCUCUUUACUCCAUCCUCUCUCCUGCAAUGACUGUGUCUCCUGAUUUCACGUCCAGGAAGAGAUGUUCCCUGGCAGUCAGCAGUGCUGUGUCAAACACUAAGACAUCAGACUAUUAGAAAUGCUGAAUUAGACUUGGAUCUGGAGAAGUGGGAGGCUGAGCUCCUCUGCUGCCGCUGCAUCCGAGGGGCUCCCUUUGCUAACUGGGUUUAACCCAUUAGCCAAGUCUCCUUAGCCAAAAGACCGGGUAAACUGGUAUUUACUUCAGUUCACAAGCAAGUUUCUUUUUUUCCUUUUCUGGCUCUUCCAAGACUCUCAACUGUUUUUAACCAGAAGAGGAUCACACCAGUCACUUCACUGUCCACAAACAUAGCCAGCCCCUUGUUUUAGACAUUUGCCUUCUGCAUUUUCAGGCCCAUAAACCAGGCACCAGGUAAUUCUGUACCUGCUGCAUCACUGGAGUAAAGUAACAGCCCCAGAUGUUCCUCCAGGGCAGCAUGAGUCUCUGCCCUUCCUACAGUCUCCACUGUAUUACACUCGUGUUUUGCAGAUGCAAUUGCCAAUGACACACCGUUCUGGUCGGUACAUGUGUGUGCUGGUUGGCCUGUGGGAAGUGCACGUGCAGCAUUUUAUGUGAUGAUCUUUGGUCCAGGUGGUUGAUGCUUUUAGCUGGCAUGCUGUAAGCAGAUAAGUAUGUUCCUUUGAUUUUUUUUUUUUUUUUCCUUAAAAAAAUCAACCUGGGUUCAUACCCAGCAGAGCCAGAGCAGUAUGUGCCCUGACCAUUUGCAAUCAAGAAAGAUCAAAGGUGUCUUGUUAUUUCACAUCAGAGCUUUUAUCUCCUGAUAUGUUUUUAGCUGUUUUAGUUUGAACAAAGCUGCUAACUUUAGACAAUUACAGCCUGUCAGAAAAUCAUUGUAAGUCAGACAGAUCUGUAUUCAGAGCUGAAAGGGAAGCGCUCAUCCCCACCACCCAUACACAUGAACCGUGAAGAAGUGCGAGACUCCUCUCAUCUUUCAAGUGCUCUUAUUGUCCCCAUCCUCGUAUUAGCAAAGAUUCUUGUGAUUGUUAAAUUAUCCUUGUAUUGUAUUCUAAGAUGGUAGGUACCUAACUAUUGGGGCUCAUAACUCCCAUGGUGUUAAGUCUCCCUCUGCCAGGCUGCUUUGGGGGAAAAACACCCUGGUUCUGCACCACUCAGCCCACCCUGUGAUGGCUGCUGGUCCCAGGCAACACAGCAGAGCCACAGAGGAAAGGUUUUGCCCACUGAUUCUGUAUGAAAAGGUGCUAAUUAAGAAGGUCUUUUGUUAUUAAAGUAGCAGAUGGGCUUCACAUUGGCUCUGUCUGGGAUGAGGUUUCCCUCAGUGGGAACGGAGCCACAUUGAACAUCCCUCCUCUGUGUUAGUGCUUAAUUCAUAAUACCAGGAAUUCAGUAGCAUUCAAAUGCAAGCAAGGUGUGUGGGGCAGCCUGGGCACAGCGCAGGGAGAGCCCUGUGUCCCCAGAGGCCACAGAAUCCCCUCCAUGGGUACAGCACUGCACACCCCGAGGAGAUGAUGGGGCUGGAGUCACUUCCAGUGAAGGCACAAGGCUUGUUCGCACCCUUGGGCUGUGCUGCUCAGACCUGGCUCCUUGGGUUUUCUUUCUUUUAUUAAGAAGCCUGUGAGGUUGAACACCUUGAGAGAGGUAAUUUCUGCAACUAAACAAUCACUACUUCUUAGUCUGUAAUACCAGCGUGGGUUUAUUUUUAAUACCUUCAAACUGGAGAGGAUCGCUUACAAAUAUACAGCACUGUAACAAGUGAUGUGGAUUCAAGCACUAGCAAACCCAGAAACAUGAGCUGUUUCUUGUGACAUUUAUUUGUUAGCACUAUAGGAGAUGGGAUAACUUCUCCCAGGCUCAGACUUUAUUUUGUAACACAGCCCGAGUAGAACACUUUUCUUCUUUAAUUUAUUCCUUAACAAGUGCCGCUUUGAGAACUCACAAUUCUUACUAUAUAUUUUAAUAGUCUGUCAUUUUUAAAUGUGUGUUUUGUUGUAUAAAAGUUGGACUGGAUAAAUGUUUCACUGUAAAAUUAAUGCAUGAUUUAAAAAAUGAGGAAUAAAAUGUCAUAAUAUGUAAGAAUUUUACAAAAAAAUAAUUUGUAGGAGACCUACUUCAAUGCUCCAUGGCAGAUGCAAAGUGCUCAGCUCAGUUUCUGCUCUCUUGGUCUCCAUUUGUUGCCUGACGUGAUGUGACCUUUGCUGGAUUAAACCCCCAAAUACUCUAUUUGCCUUUCUUUUGAUCAGGUUGCACAACAUGAUUUUGCAAUUCCGGUGCUGUCCCUGAAGGAGACCUCAGUGCAGGUUAUGCAUUGCUGGGACCCUGGUAAUAAUAACUUACAAUACCUUCAUUCCUUCCAAGGAAACAUCCAUGCACAAUCAAGAUCAGAUAUGGUUUGCUGCUGUUAUUUCAGUGUAACAAGUCUUUUGUGCACUUGUAGUAAAGAGAGUUGGAGGGAGUUGUAAUCUGUGCACAGAAGCUGCAUUCGUGGGGACAUUGAAAUAAAAGUCUGAAUGGUCCUUUAGGUUAAUGCUGUCUCCUCCUCCUCCUCCUGCCGAAUGUUAAAGACCCAAAUCCAUGCUGGUCUGAACUGACAAACCUCUAUCAGCUGUGCAGCUGCUGCAUGGGUUUUUUUCUGGCAGAAAGGACUUGGUCUGUAGGACAUGAUGGUGGCCAAGGUGAAGAAAGCAAACGGUCUCUGGACCAGGUAUGUGGGUGGAGGUUGGCAUCUCUUGAGUGGCCCACAAGAUGUGAAUACACUCUUCACGUUUUGUGACACUCAUUCUGCAAAUUGUUUCAAAUAAGCAAACCCUUCUGCACAGCUGAGAUCCUGCUGAAACCAGGAGCUUUGCAGAAUCGAGGGUUAAGCCAGGAGCGUUAAUGUCAUGGCAGUGAAUCAAGUUGAGCACGCAAAACUAAGGUAUAUCAGAGUUGAACAAACUGUACAUCGACCACUGAAUGCGAUGAUCCUCUUGGGGUUCAUCUUCUUUUUUUUUUUUUUUUUUUUUUAAUUUCCUUGCCUGCUUUCUUAUAUAUUUGUGAUUAUUCUAUUUUUAACCUCCCAGUGUGUUUUCAUAUAAUCUCCUCCUUGUAAAUAAUUCAAAUGUACCUCUUUCCUGACACUUGGGAAAUGAGAAAAAGUGUCAAAAGUCACAGUUCUGGGAAUGGUUGGUUGGUUGUUGGGGUUUUGGGGGGUCUUUUUUUGUUGUGGUGGUCUUUUUGUUUGGUUUGGGUUUUUUUGUUGGUUACUUUGUUUUGGGUUUUGGUGGGGUUUUCUUUUGGGAAGUGUUGUUUCUUGCUUCUGUUUUGGUGGGUUUGGGGUUUUUUUUAUCUUUUUGUUGUUGUUGUUGUUUGUUUGGUUUUGGUAUUUGUUUGUUUGUUUUGUUUGUUGUUGUUGUUGGUUUUUUUCCUAAAUUGUGUCACUAGUUUAAACUAAUCAGCAAAAGGAGAGCUUCCACUUCGGCUGUGAGUCCAGGUCUCCAUGUGUCUCUACCUUCUGAUGGUGCAGUUGUGAACACUGAACAUAUCCCUUCUGUGAAGGCUGCUGGGAUUGAGUUUUGUAUCCUUGUUUCUGCUAAUGAUCGCUUUCCUUUCCGCUCCGUUUGUAUCUGGUAAAUGAUUGUGUAUUAAUGGACUGAAAAUACAACUGAUCAUCAUGUCAAAA